UGGGAGUAACGUCGUCUUCUGGUUAACCCAAAGAGUAGAUCUCAGUAAAUCGCCAAUUUUUUCAAGUGUGGUCCGCCGCGCGAAAAUAAAUAGACCAGAGAACACGACAAGAUAAAUGAUCACCACGCAGCACGAUACUGCAGACUAAGGGGUCCAGAUUUUCAAAAAAGAUGAUUUCGAGGUAUCAAGUCCUCUGCGCCCUUUUUCUUUUCGGCGCGGUUUUGCUUUAUCAAACAAUGGCGCAAGUGGACGGCUACACACCUGGCGUGGACUAUCCAAUUUACAACUCGGUGCCGUUCGGGCUCACCUUUACCUGCGGAGGCAAGUUACCUGGUUACUACGCCGAUCCCGAGGCCAGAUGUCAGGUGUGGCAUUGGUGCUUGCCAAAUGGACGUCAGUUCAGUUUCCUCUGUCCAAAUGGCACGGUCUUCAGUCAAACAACUCGCGUUUGCGACUGGUGGUUUAAGGUCGACUGCAACGAUUCACCGAGACUUUACGGCAACAAUGACGAGCUCUACAGAGACGUGAAUGGAAACAAGAUUUAACGCGACUCCUAUAUAUUUUACUAUUAGUUGAACAAACUGUAUAAUAAUAAACUCUUUUUUUACA